UUGAAAUUGCUAUUUCCGAAUCAACGUGCUUGGGUUUCCAGCGAGGAGCCGGGCGGAUUUGAAGCGAUCAGCUGGUCGCUUUUUCUCUCACGUGAUUUCCCGAUAAAGAUGGCUGCGUCCAGGCACAGCCUGGCGGGGAUAGUUUUUACUUGCUGGGUUUUGUGGUUGCGGUCCGGAAGGUGUUCGGAGAGAAGCGGUGAGGAGAGGGGAGCCGGAGGAGAAGCAGAUCGAGGGGCCUGUGGUUGCACCACCAGCCGGGCGAGCGGCGGGGAAGCAGUUGCCCACAAAUACUCCAGGGAAGCGAAUGUUUUCCAUCAACCAGAGGACGGCCCGGGAAGGGCGAAGGCGAAAGAGGAGGGGAGGCAGAUGGCUUUCAUUCCUGGUGGAGUGUUUACAAUGGGAACAGAUGAGCCAGCUAUACCACAAGAUGGAGAAUGGCCUUCCAGAAGAGUCCACAUUGAUCCUUUCUUCAUGGAUCGUUAUGAAGUCAGCAAUGCAGAAUUUGAGAAGUUUGUAAAUGCCACUGGCUAUCUCACUGAGGCAGAAAGAUUUGGAGAUUCGUUUGUAUUUGAAGGCAUGCUGAGUGAAGAAGUGAAGACCGGAAUUCAUCAGGCUGUUGCAGUUGCUCCAUGGUGGUUGCCUGUCAAAGGAGCUAAUUGGAAGCACCCUGAGGGUCCCGAUUCCAGUAUUACGUACAGAAUGAAUCAACCAGUUCUUCAUGUUUCAUGGAAUGAUGCUGUGGCAUUUUGUACCUGGGCUGGAAAACGACUCCCAACAGAGGCUGAAUGGGAAUAUAGCUGCCGGGGAGGCCUUGAGAACAGACUUUUCCCUUGGGGGAACAAACUUCAUCCAAAUGGUCAGCACUAUGCUAAUAUCUGGCAGGGGGAAUUCCCUGUGAACAAUACUGGGGAAGAUGGAUACAAAGGAACUGCACCUGUAACAGCAUUUCCUCCAAAUGGUUAUGGCUUGUACAACAUUGUCGGAAAUGCCUGGGAGUGGACAUCAGAUUGGUGGGGUGUUAAUCAUUCGGCAGAUGCAACAUACAAUCCGGUAAGUAUCUCACAUCUCAUAAGCAGAAUGGGAGUCCCCUCUCUGCUGUUUUGCUGCUUCUCCAAUUAUAAACCUCCACAUAACACUGUGGAGCUGGAUAUGCCGAUUUGA